CUCUCUCUCUCUCUCUCCCUCUCUCUCUGUCUUUUGACUUUGUGACUCUGUCUCUGUCCCUCUGGUUUGAGUGAAGAAAUGGGUGAUAUUUCUGGUUCAAAUGGCUAUGGCAAUGGUAAUGGUAAUGGAAAUGGAGUUGCUGGGAAUGGCCGUAGAAAGAGCUGUUGGUAUGAAGAGGAGAUUGAACAGGACUUGAGAUGGUGUUUUGCUCUCAACAGUAUUUUGCAUACAGGGUCUAGUCAGUACCAGGACAUUGCACUUUUGGAUACAAAGCCCUUUGGAAAGGCUUUGGUCAUUGAUGGAAAGCUUCAAAGUACAGAGAUAGAUGAAUUCAUCUACCAUGAGUCUCUUGUUCAUCCAGCACUCCUUCACCACCUAAAUCCAAAGAGCAUAUUUAUUAUGGGAGGAGGUGAAGGUUCCACUGCAAGAGAGAUCCUGAGACACAAGAAUAUUGACAAGGUGGUCAUGUGUGACAUCGACGAGGAAGUAGUGGACUUCUGCAAGUCGCACCUGUCUGUAAACAAGGAAGCUUUUUGUGAUUCAAGACUCAACCUUGUUAUCAAUGAUGCCAGAGCUGAGCUUGAGAACAGAGAAGAUUAUUUUGAUGUGAUAAUUGGUGACCUAGCAGACCCAAUACAAGGGGGACCUUGUUACCAACUCUACACUAAAUCCUUUUACGAAUCCAUAGUUAAACCUCGACUCUGUGAGGGUGGCAUUUGCGUCACUCAGGCAGGACCAGCUGGUGUAUUUAGCCAUACCGAGGUUUUCUCUUGCAUUUACAACACCUUAAGACAGGUUUUCAAAUAUGUUGUGCCUUACUCAGCUCACAUUCCUUCCUACGCUGAUACUUGGGGAUGGGUCAUGGCAUCGGAUUCGCCAUUAACAGUGGAUGCGAUAGAGUUAGACGCAAGGAUCACGCAGAGGAUCAAAGGAGAGAACAGAUAUCUCGACGGCAUGACAUUUGUGUCUGCUUCAAUCAUGAGUAAAGCUGUUAGGAAAACGCUGGCCAAGGAGACUCAAGUAUACACUGAAGGAACAGCAAGGUUCAUCUAUGGCCAUGGCACUGUCCACAAAUCCAAUCACAACCUCUAGGAGAGAUGAAAGGGAACCCAAACAGAA